GUGUGUGGGUUGUUUUUUUUUUAAAUGAUGGUUUUCCUGUUAAAUACUGGGAAGAAAGAUUCCCAAAUGAGGUGAUUAGACAUUGGAACAGGAAUCUGAAGAAACUGAAAUCUUUAUCCUCAGAGAUGUUCAAAACAUGACUGGAGAUAGGUCCCUGAGCAGUCAGAUCUAACUUUGGAGUUAGAUCAAGCUUUGAAGUUGGCUCUGCUUUGACCAGGGAUAUGGACCAGAUGACGUCCAGAAGUUUCUUCCAACCUAAAUUAUUUUCAGAAUUUAAAAACAUAUUCUGGGCUGUGGUUAUAGAUAACUCAUCUGGAGUAUCAAAACUAACAAAGUUUAUUUUCCAUUUGACUUAUAUUGCAGAUACCCUAACAACUCAUUCCAGUCUCCUGGCGUUUCUCUAACGCUUUCCCUCGCAGCCAUGGCAACAUGUUUGGCUGCUGUUUAGAAAGCGUAUGUGUGCGAGUGUAUGCGCAUUGAGAUGAUAUUCUCAAUAACAUAGCAGGCUGAGUUAUAAGGGAGGUCUAAUACCGUUUGUCUCUCUGUGCCAAGGGAGAAAUUUCCCUUGGUGCUUGCUGGAACACAGCAUCUUUAAAAAAACUAAUUUGUUGUAUUUGUUUGGAAUUGGCCUGUGGGUUCAGAAAUUGCUGGAGAAGUUAGGAAGGUGAAGAGCAGGCUUGUGGGGUAAGCAGGGAUUAUUUGAUAGGCCGGUAAGUAUUUUGCAGUAUGGAGGUUUCUCUGAAUAGUGUUGUUUCUUGUGGUGGCGCUGGAGGAAUUCGUGGUGGUUCUGGUGUGUAUUCAUUAAAGACUGUUAAAAAAUUUGAGUAAUUAAAUUGUGAAGUAUUGAUUGAGUUGCAAAUAUUGAUGGUAUAAUGCUGAAAUAGAAUAAUGAUAAAUAAUAAUAUUUUAAAGAAAAUAUCGUAACAGAACCAAAUGCAGAUUUCCAGAUGUAUGGACAGCAAAUUCAGAAUCACUGCUUUCCAAGAUGUCACAGUUCAGGGUCUGUAAGAGAUCAAAGGCCAGACAGCUAAACAAACUGAGCAAAUAACCAAAUGAGAUCACGAUGCUGUGAUGUGACAGCAAAGCCUGCUACCUUUGGAUAAAUACAAAUAGACAGAUAUAAGGAAAAUAAUGAGAUGUGACGAGAAGUGUUUGGUUUUUACCUGUGGAUAUAGAACUGGAAUGAUUGGUACUGGAAUAUAUCCAGUAUGUGUGUGUGUUCUCUCUCAUUUUUAUAUCUAUAUAUCCAAUUAUAUAUAUUAUUACAUUUUACAUAUGUAUAUAUAAAGGUGUUCUAAAAAAUGAGACUAUGGUGGCAGUGUGAUGGGGUUCUCGCUAAUUUUCAGAAAUAUGUUGAAUAAAUCUUGGUCCUUAACUUUAUUUCAGAACAGCCAUCACAGCAACAAAUAUUUUCACUGAAUACUUGCAUGUUCACACAACUUGCAGCCAGCUGUAGCUCAUUUUUCAGUGAUUUCAAAACCUACGUGGAUCAAGCUUGUAGAGCUGCAGAUGAAUUUGUCAACAUUUAUUAUGAGACAAUGGAUAAAAGAAGAAGGGCUUUAACAAGACUUUAUUUGGACAAAGCAACGUUAGUUUGGAAUGGUAAUGCAGUGUCCGGGCAAGAAGAACUGAAUAAAUUUUUUGAAAUGUUGCCAUCAAGUGAAUUCCAGGUUAAUGUGUUGGACUGUCAGCCCGUUCACGAGCAAGCUACUCAAGGCCAGACAACAGUCCUCGUGGUGACAAGUGGGACAGUAAAAUUUGAUGGCGACAAGCAGCGCUACUUCAAUCAGAACUUCUUGCUGACAGCACAAGCCACACCUACCAACACAGUGUGGAAGAUCGCCAGUGACUGUUUCCGCUUUCAGGACUGGGCCAGUUAGCGAGGAUUGGCUACGAGAAGUGACCUCUCUCGUUCAACACAUUGAAGUUAGCUGUAUGGACAGCUGUUCUCCACGCACGGGAAACACUCGCUCUUCGUGUUGCAUCUGUCAUUAUGGAAGGUCUACAGAUGUUUCAGGGUUGAUCGGAAUGACCAUGGGUUUAGUAGUAAUCUUAAAAUGCGAGAGGUUGCUCAUGUUAGCUGAACCUAAUAAAAUGCUGAAGGCAG